AUGCAGACCUCGCAAGUCAUCGUCUCGAGUCACUCUCCGAAGAAUAUCACCCCCACACGUGGCGCUCUCGAGCCAACUACGGUCCUGCGGAGUCGUCGGUACACAAAGAAGGCUAGGGUAUCCCCAGGGCAUACGAACAUCCGGGCUGGCUUCUGCUCCUCGGGGAGGGAACCCGAACCGCAGUAUCUGCCGCCCGGGUGGUCUGCUUACACGCAUCCCGAAGGGCAACGCUACUUCGCCCGAGAAUCGAAACCUAGGAUCAUCACGGAGGCCAAUCUCCAUUCACUUGCCACCCAAGACCUUGUGGCCGGCUAUAUCGAGGCGUUCGAACAGCAAUGCAUCGAGCAGAAGAUGCUCGUACCUGAUGACGCGGAGCUUUUCUUGGAGCCAGAUGUAGCUUCAACUUCGUGUGGUUACUAUCUGGUGGAUUGCUCGAGUCGGGUCGUCUUCUGGCUUGAGGAGGUGGCUAGCGACAUGCUGGACCUACCAGCAACCGUCACCGACUCGCAUCUUCGAAUUGCUCUGGAGGAGCACUACUGGACACACGUUGAAUACUUCGCUAUGCACCGUUGCCGCGAAGUGGACUUGUCGCUGGCACAGCUCAAGACCACUCUGCUACACGCACGAGUAGAUCAGAUGACAUCUGCGACUUCCACCUUCCCCUAUAACGCCAAGGAAUGUUCCGAAUUCUUGGAGGUCGUCAAGGCAGCCCAAGAAUGCGUGCUUGAUGGUCACAUCGUGGCAACCAUCGCUCGUCUGUGGAAUGUCAUACUGCACCACAGAUUUACGAUACACUACGGCGAGGAGCACGCCCGUCUCUCACGGGACCAGUCAAUAUUGGAUUGUCCCGCGACAACUCCGUCGCCAUUCUUCUGCAUCCUCUCGCGGCUCUUCUUCAGAAUACCAGAAGCCAAUGUACACCAGUUCGACCAGCUGUACGUCGACAACCUGGUCUACGCUGAGCCGUGGCGCGAGGCCAUGAAGGCGCACAGAGGCGACUGGCUCCUGCACGCCUCCUGGGCCCUCGCCCUUCUUAUCGUUGAUGUACUGUCGCUGAUCGUUCCGCAUGCUUCGCGCCAUCUGGCGCUGGCGUCGACGUUGUUCUGCAACAUGUCCCUUCUUUCAGCGGUGAUCUUGUCCAUGAGACAUCAUUGGGCCACGACCUCCGACGCCUCCGACGCCGCGACGUACCUCUCCGAGGCCCGCCGGGAAUCGUCUGGCUUCUGCUGGACCGCGUUCGCAUUCAGCCUCCCCAAGGCGCUCUUCCUCUGGGCGCUCGUCCUGUCCUCCAUGCAGGGCUUCGUGUGGCUCGCGGCUGUCGCCGAUCUGUAUGCGCUCAUUGCAGUACCGUUCCUCCUUGUCGCCAUCGCUCUUUGCAGCGGUGCGCUCCCCGGAACGUGGGAGCUGCCCGGUGCACAUUUCAUCGCCCGUCUUCGCGCCGCCUGCAGGCGACGCCGAGCGAAGGCGGACGAGUGCACGGUGUAG